AUGCGAUUUGUUCUGUAUUAUCUGGUACUGUUGGGGUCCAGUUAUGUCAUUUCAACUUAUGGACCCCGUCAGAGAGCACAAAUGACUGGUGAUAUUUUGUUUGGAGGCCUUUUCCCCAUACACUUUGGUGUUGCAUCCAAAGACCAAGACCUUGCAGCCCGACCAGAAUCCACACAGUGUGUCAGGUUCAAUUUUCGCGGGUUCCGUUGGCUCCAGGCCAUGAUUUUUGCUAUUGACGAGAUUAACAACAGCAGCACUCUCCUGCCCAACAUCACACUAGGUUACAGGAUCUUUGACACAUGCAACACAGUGUCAAAAGCCUUGGAGGCCACCCUUAGUUUUGUGGCCCAAAAUAAGAUUGACUCCUUGAAUUUAGAUGAAUUUUGCAACUGCACUGAUCACAUCCCAUCAACCAUUGCAGUAGUAGGACCAGCUGGAUCUGCUGUCUCCACAGCUGUUGCAAACUUACUGGGUCUGUUUUAUAUUCCUCAGAUCAGCUAUGCCUCUUCCAGUCGCUUACUGAGUAACAAGAAUCAGUACAAGUCCUUCAUGAGAACCAUUCCUACAGAUGAGUACCAGGCCACAGCCAUGGCAGACAUAAUUGAGUACUUUGAAUGGAACUGGGUCAUUGCCGUGGCCUCUGAUGACGACUAUGGACGCCCAGGGAUUGAGAAGUUUGAGAAAGAAAUGGAAGAGCGAGACAUCUGCAUUCACCUAAAUGAGCUUAUUUCUCAGUACUUUGAGGAUCAUGAAAUUCAAGCUCUGGCUGACAGAAUUGAGAACUCCACAGCAAAAGUGAUUGUUGUGUUUGCCAGCGGCCCAGAUAUUGAGCCUCUAAUCAAAGAGAUGGUCAGGAGAAACAUUACAGAUCGCAUCUGGCUAGCCAGUGAAGCUUGGGCAAGCUCAUCCCUUAUUGCCAAACCAGACUAUCUCGAUGUUGUCGGCGGGACUAUUGGCUUUGCUCUAAAGGCAGGACAUAUACCUGGCUUUAAAGAGUUCUUGCAACAUGUCCAACCAAAGAAAGAUAGCCAUAAUGAAUUUGUCAGGGAGUUUUGGGAAGAAACCUUCAACUGUUAUCUUGAAGACAGCUCAAGACUCCAAGAAAGUGAGAAUGGCAGCACUAGUUUCAGGCCCUUGUGUACUGGUGAAGAAGACAUCACUAGUGUUGAGACCCCAUACUUGGACUACAAACACCUUCGAAUUUCCUAUAAUGUGUAUGUUGCAGUUUAUUCCAUCGCACAGGCCCUGCAGGACAUCUUCAUCUGCACACCUGGACAUGGACUUUUUGCUAACAAUUCCUGUGCAGAUAUAAAGAAAAUGGAGGCAUGGCAGGUCCUGAAGCAGCUGAGACAUUUGAACUACACCAACAGCAUGGGGGAAAAGAUGCGCUUCGAUGAGAACGCAGACUUGGCAGCAAACUACACCAUUAUAAACUGGCAUAGGUCUGCUGAAGAUGGCUCUGUGGUGUUUGAGGAGGUUGGAUACUACAAUAUGCACACUAAGAGGGGCGCCAAACUUUCCAUUGAUAAGACAAAGAUCCUGUGGAAUGGAUACAGUUCUGAGGUGCCAUUCUCCAAUUGCAGUGAAGACUGUGAACCGGGAACAAGAAAGGGGAUCAUAGACAGUAUGCCCACAUGCUGCUUUGAAUGCACUGAGUGCUCAGAUGGAGAGUACAGUAAUCAUAAAGAUGCCAGUGUUUGCACCAAGUGCCCAAAUAACUCCUGGUCCAAUGGGAACCAUACAUUCUGCUUCCUGAAGGAAAUCGAGUUUCUUUCCUGGACAGAACCAUUCGGGAUAGCUUUGGCCAUAUGUGCAGUGCUUGGUGUUGUCUUGACAGCUUUUGUAAUGGGAGUAUUUGUCAGAUUUCGCAACACCCCAAUAGUGAAGGCCACAAACCGGGAACUAUCCUACGUCCUCCUGUUCUCACUUAUCUGCUGCUUCUCCAGCUCUCUCAUCUUCAUCGGAGAGCCAAAGGACUGGAUGUGCCGUUUGCGCCAACCUGCCUUUGGAAUCAGUUUUGUUCUGUGUAUCUCCUGCAUCCUUGUGAAAACUAACAGAGUCCUUUUGGUUUUUGAAGCUAAGAUACCAACAAGUCUCCACCGCAAAUGGUGGGGAUUAAACCUGCAGUUUCUUUUGGUGUUUCUCUGCACAUUUGUCCAAGUAAUGAUAUGUGUGGUUUGGCUUUACAACGCCCCUCCUUCCAGCUAUAUGAACCAUGACAUUGAUGAGAUAAUUUUUAUCACCUGCAAUGAGGGCUCUGUGAUGGCUCUUGGCUUUCUUAUUGGCUACACCUGCCUCCUGGCAGCUAUAUGUUUCUUCUUUGCAUUUAAAUCAAGAAAACUUCCAGAAAACUUUACAGAAGCCAAGUUCAUCACUUUUAGUAUGCUCAUAUUCUUCAUUGUCUGGAUCUCGUUCAUCCCUGCUUACUUCAGUACUUAUGGCAAAUUUGUUUCAGCUGUGGAGGUCAUUGCUAUACUGGCAUCCAGCUUUGGGAUGCUGGCCUGUAUAUUCUUCAACAAGGUCUACAUCAUUCUCUUCAAACCCUCAAGGAACACUAUUGAAGAAGUCCGAUGCAGUACUGCAGCCCACGCUUUCAAAGUGGCUGCCAAAGCUACACUGAAACAUAGCACAGCAUCAAGAAAAAAGUCCAACAGCAUUGGUGGAUAUUCUGCCUCCUCUCCAUCCUCGUCGAUCAGCCUCAAGACGAAUGGCAAUGACUGUGACCCACCCUCAGGAAAGCACAAGCCAAGGGUGAGCUUUGGCAGUGGAACAGUUACUCUGUCCUUGAGCUUUGAGGAAUCAAGAAGGAAUUCUCUGAUGUGA